ACGUGCACUAAGCCAUUUUCUUGGAGGAGCCAGUGUUGUUGAUGGGAAGAGGAUGCAUUGCGGGCUGCUGGAGGAGCCUGAUAUGGAUUCCACAGAGAGUUGGAUUGAAAGAUGCCUCAAUGAGAGUGAGAGCAAGCGAUACUCCAGUCACACGUCUCUGGGGAACAUGUCCAACGAUGAACAUGAAGAAAAAGAAAACAACAGAGCCUCUAAACCACAUUCGACACCAGCUACUCUGGAAUGGCUAGAGGAGAAUUAUGAGAUUGCAGAAGGUGUGUGCAUCCCCCGAAGUGCUCUCUACAUGCAUUACCUAGACUUCAGUGAGAAGCACGACACACAGCCUGUGAACGCAGCCAGCUUUGGAAAGAUCAUAAGGCAACAGUUUCCAGCAUUAACUACCAGAAGACUGGGGACAAGAGGGCAGUCCAAGUACCACUACUACGGCAUAGCUGUGAAGGAGACCUCUCAGUAUUAUGACGUGAUGUACUCCAAAAAGGGAGCGGCGUGGGUGAACGAGACGGGGAAGAAAGAGGUCACGAAGCAGACAGUGGCGUAUUCACCACGCUCCAAACUGGGGACGCUCCUGCCAGAGUUUCCAAAUGUCAAAGACCUAAAUUUGCCCGCCAGCCUGCCAGAAGAGAGGGUGUCAACCUUCAUCAUGAUGUACAGAACGCACUGUCAGAGGAUACUGGACACUGUUAUUCGAGCCAACUUUGAUGAGGUCCAAAGCUUCCUGCUGCACUUCUGGCAGGGCAUGCCGCCCCACAUGCUCCCUGUCCUCGGCUCCCCAACGGUGGUGAACAUAGUCGGUGUUUGUGACUCCAUCCUCUACAAGGCCAUCUCUGGGGUGCUGAUGCCCACCGUCCUGCAAGCACUGCCUGAUAGUUUGACUCAGGUUAUUCGAAAAUUUGCCAAACAGCUCGACGAGUGGCUUAAAAUAGCACUUCACGACCUUCCUGAAAACCUCAGAAACAUCAAAUUUGAAUUGUCGAGGAGAUUUUCUCAGAUUCUGAAGCGGCAAACAUCAUUAAACCAUCUUUGUCAGGCGUCUCGGACUGUGAUAAACAGUGCCGACAUCACCUUUCAAAUGCUGGAGGACUGGAGGAAUGUGGACUUAAACAGCAUCACCAAGCAGACACUUUACACCAUGGAGGACUCACAAGAGGAGCACAGGCAGCUUAUUAUCCACUUGUAUCAAGAGUUUGACCGUCUUCUGGAGGAGCAGUCUCCGAUCGAGGCGUACAUCGAGUGGCUGGACUCGAUGGUGGACCGCUGUGUCGUCAAGGUGGCAGGGAAGAGGCCCGGGUGCCUGAAGAAGGUGGCCCAACAGUUCCUGCUGAUGUGGUCGUGUUUCGGUACCAGAGUCAUCCGGGAUAUGACCCUCCACAGCGCGCCCAGCUUUGGAUCCUUCCACCUGAUCCACCUCAUGUUUGAUGAUUAUGUGCUUUACCUGCUGGAGUCCCUGCACUGCCAGGAGAGGGCCAACGACCUCAUGAGGGCCAUGAAGGGCGAGGGCAGCACAGCAGAGAGAGAGGAGGAAUUCACGCUGACAGAAACCACUCCCACCUCCCCGUCCCCCGGUUCCUACUCUCCUGCCCGGUCAGUCCACUCCGUGGGCGUCUCGUCGGCCAGCUCCCCCACAGCUGCUGUGUCCCCAGAGUACACUGGAGUCACCACCACCACAGGCGCUGUUCAGUCAUAUACCUGGUCCCUUACAUACACAGUGACAACAGCAGGCGGCUCCGGUCCAGAGGCCGGACAGCAGCUGUCUUGUAUGAGGAGCAGCGCUCCAGUCCCGCCUCCAUCCUCCGCACACCGGAUGCCGGUCUACACCCACAGAGAGGAGCAUGGGUAUACUGGUAGUUACAACUAUGGCAGCUACGCCAACCAGCAUCCUCACUCGAUCCAGAGCCAGUACCCGAGUCUGGCCCAUGAGCCAGCGCUCCCAGCCCCCCUCCACUACUCUGCCUACCACCGCUCAUCUGCACAGUACCAGCUCAAUGGCCAGAUGUCUCGGAUGGAGCCUUGCUUGAUGGGCAGCACUCCUCGGUUGCACCCUGCACCUGUUGCCCCCCGGUGGCCAGAUGUGUCACCGGCUAACAGCUGUUACACCAGCCCACCUAUGCAUUCAUCCCGGUAUGCCACCUCCGGGGAUAUGUACUCUCCCCUGGGCCCACGCAGGAACUCAGAGUACGAACACUCACAGCAUUUUCCGGGCUUUGCCUACAUCAACGGAGAGGCCACCACAGGCUGGGCGAAAUAGCCUUUAAACACGGAUUUGGAAAGCCAUGUACAAGCUCCAGGCCUGCCAAACUGAUGGAUGCAAAGUCUCUGAACACUUCCAAUCAAGUACAUCAAAUAAGGAGGAGCAGAGAGAGGAGAGUACCAGUGCAAGGUAGUAAGAAUCAUUGUAUGGACGUACUGACAAUUUGAAAAAGACUCAUUACAUCAAUCAGUGCGAUGAUUGUGGUGUAAUUUGUUAAAAAGUUCUUCAACAAUUGAUGGAAGAAAAAAUAUUAAAUCAUGCAGAUUGUCGAAACUUGCAGCAAAAUCAUUUUAAGAGUGCAAUGCUGCUGCCAAGCUGUGCCUUUGUUUUUAGGAAUGUACACCUCUGCCAGUUUCCCUCGUCAGUCUCACAAGUCAGCGCACACAUCAUCCCACCAGCCGUCAGGUGGUAAUGUGAGUGUCUGAUGGAUCAGUGUGUUGUAAGCUGUUACUGGCACCAGUACAAUCUCAGUGACACCACCGUCUCCUCUUGUUGCUCAGCACUGUGCAGCAUUGUGUCGUGAGCUCGCUGCAGCAGAUGAAACUUUGUCUGCUGCAGGAUGAUGAUGAACUGUACUGCCUUAACGUUCUCCUGGGACACCAAUUACACACAGUGGCACAGAGCCAAAACAUCAUAAAUGACAGAUGUGAACACACACACACAAAAAACCUUGAUCAGUGUGUUAAGGUUUCUUCAUCUUGGAUAGUUUUUUUUAAUGAUUGAAUGCUGUGACUCAAAAACAACUGUGCGAGUGUAUUCUGUCGCAAGCUUUUCUGCUGUUUUCCUGUGACAAUAUAUAUAUAUAGUAUGUAUUUUCUGUAACUUUGUAACAUGGUGUAUCCUUUAUUUUCUAUGUUACAAUUGGUACUUUGUUCUCUGUUUUGUAUGGUUAGUAAAGGACGCAUUAACCUAGGGUUGUGUGUUUUAUAAUGCACUCAAAGCUACUGAGGACCUAUUACCCUAUGGGUAUUUAUAAAAAGGGAAAAUAUCAAAGUGUACAGUAACAUG